AUGCUUCUUGCUUCCCUUAUCGGAAUGAGUUUCAUCUUCCUGUGUGUUAGUAAUACUCAAGAUGAGGAAAAAGGGGAUUCUAAAUCAUUAGUUAAGGCUCAUGACUCCAACGAUGAUACGACUAGUGAUCAUACUCCACUUGCCUCGACUGGUCCUUUGGCAGUUUCCGACGAUGAUAAUGCUGUUAUUGCUAGUGAUGAAGGGAGUAGUGGUAGAGUUCUCAAGAGGUCCCACUCCCUGGAUCCUUGGGCUUUCUCUUUAUUUUCCAGUAGCCUUAGUGUGGGUUGUCCUUCUAUAUAUUUUACUCAGUUGAAUGCAAACAGUACUCUACAUGAUGCUAAUGUUCCUAAUCCGUCUGAACCUAUUUAUGUUUUGUCUUUGGAGUAUUGCACUUGUUCAAAUGUCAGACAAGGCCACAGAGAGAAUAGCCAAGAUAUGUUCAAGAUUAAACUUGUUAGGAAUAUGGUUUUAGGUCAGGAAGUUAUCUCAUGGUUAGACGAAAAUGAGACCUUGCAUCUAGAAAAUUAUGGCCUUCAUGAUGAAUUUAAAAAGGUAUAUGAACUUGUAAAAUCGUUUGUGGUUCUUUCUGGUGGUGUUUCCUAUAAUGUCCAAUCGUUUCAUGACCAAUAUGUGAAGCUUUUAUAUAGUGUUGUUGAGUUAGAGAAAGUAUCUCUAGGUGCUGAUAUGGUUUCUCAAGUCGAGAUGGACAACAUAAGGGUGAACUGUCCUCUAUGCAAAAUGAAAAGAUUUAGAGGCAAGUGUAGUUGGACUGGAGAGCAAGUUACACAAACUGAUGGGGAUAUGUCGUGGGUGUUAUUGUGUGGGAUCUCGAAGUGGGUAGAUAAACUCAUUGCGGAGUCAUCUGUUUUUGGGCUAAGCACGUAG